AACAAAAAGGACAGGAAUGCUCCCCAGAAAGAAAAGCAGUACAAUGCUGAACUGUUGAGGAGGAGAAAUGACUCUCAUGAAGUUAGCCAAGGACCAGGACUUGCAUUCAUUGCUUACCCUAAAGCUGUUACCAUGAUGCCUCUUUCUCCUCUGUGGGCAACUCUGUUCUUCAUGAUGCUCAUAUUUCUUGGAUUAGAUAGUCAGUUCGUGUGUGUUGAAAGUCUUGUGACAGCUGUUGUAGAUAUGUACCCAAAGAUUUUCCGAAGGGGCUACAGAAGAGAACUGUUGAUUCUCGGCCUUUCCGUUGUGUCAUACUUCAUUGGCCUAAUAAUGUUAACUGAGGGUGGGAUGUAUGUCUUUCAGUUAUUUGACUCUUAUGCAGCUAGUGGCAUGUGCCUUCUUUUUGUUGCCAUAUUUGAAUGUGUCUGCAUAGGCUGGGUUUAUGGCAGCAGUCGCUUUUAUGAUAACAUUGAAGACAUGAUUGGGUACAAACCACUGUCAUUGAUUAAAUGGUGCUGGAUGGUCUUAACUCCAGGUAUUUGUGCAGGAAUCUUCAUCUUUUUCCUGGUGAAAUACAAGCCUUUGAAAUACAACAAUGUAUAUAUAUACCCUGACUGGGGCUAUGGCAUAGGGUGGAUGAUGGCGCUCUCUUCCAUGAUCUGUAUCCCUUUGUGGAUCUGCAUUAAGCUGUGGAAGACAGAAGGCACUUUCAUAGAGAAAUUCAGGAAGUUGAUUACACCUAGCUCGGAUCUGAAAAUGAGAGGGAAACUUGGAGGAGGAGCCUACAUUGCAGCAAUAAAUGACUGCGAUGCCAAACUGAAAGGAGAUGGCACCAUUUCAACCAUUACAGAAAAGGAGACACAUUUCUGAAAGAACUAUCUUUUUUGUUUUAUUUUUUUGUAUAAAUAAAUAAAUAAAUUCACUUAAUUAUAGAGGCUGGCUUGUUUUGCACAAAAUUUUAUUAACCAGUUAAUUUUAAAGUGAAAAUUGUAUACUUGUUUAAAAGUGAUUUUUUAAAUUACUAUAUAAGUAAUGAUUGUGUAAAAGAAAAAGAAAUAGUAUUAUAUGGUAUGUUAGUGAUGACUUCUUGUAAUGUGGUGAUUUCAGUAAAUGUUUUUUUAGAAGUUAGAGGGACCUGUAUAAUGUGCUGUAAAACUUUUCUACUUUGAUUUCUGGCAGGUGUAAUGUUGUAUAGAUACAUGCAUUCUAAUCUGUAAGCAUUUCAGACCAUUUCAGCUUUUAAUGUAUGUAUAUAAAGGGGACCAGCAUGUCCUUUUGUU